AUGUAUGCGAUACUUUUCACAUGGAUCUUGCUGCUCACUGUUUCGGGUUUGUCACAUGCCGCUCAUAAACGAUAUGAAUGGACGCUUCGCUAUGCAACAUACAACCCCGAUGGUGUUUAUCGUAGAGUCAUUUCAAUCGAUGAUGGUUCAGGUAAAUUCAUAUUCCCUGGACCGACUAUUCGGGCUGAAAAGAAUGACAUAAUUGAAGUCAUUGUUCACAACGAACUACCAACCGAAGUAACAUCCAUUCAUUGGCAUGGUAUUCAUCAGUUCAACACAUCAUGGAUGGAUGGAGUCUCUUAUACAACACAAUAUCCGAUUCUACCUUUACAUUCAUUCAAUUAUACAUUCGAAGCCAGUCCCAUUGGCACACAUUGGUAUCAUUCACAUACAGGAGCUCAAUAUAGUGACGGUCUCUUUGGUAUUCUUAUCGUCGAAGAUCCAAGUGAUCCAUAUAAAAAGUUUCCUGAAUUUUCUCUUAUCAUGAAUGAAUGGUAUCAUCGCUACGCCAUCGAUAUAUUCGAUAUCCUUAGCAGUCCUCCGACAACACACCAUCACAGAUUUCCACAAUUCGUAUCUGGUCUUAUGAAUGGAAAAGGUCGCCAUGAUUGUUCAACGAUCGAUCAAUCACUGCUUCUUCACCACAAGACAGAAGAAGAACACAAUCAACUUGGUGAUCUACUUCUCUGUGUACCGAAUCGACCAUAUGAACGUUUUACUGUGGUCUACAAUGAAACCUAUCGAUUUCGUCUGAUUGCUGCCAGUAGUGCAUUCAAUUACAAAUUUUCUAUAGAUAAUCAUGAAUUAACGGUGAUCGCUAUCGAUGGUGCAUACGUCGAACCAUACAAAACACAACAACUUUGGAUUUAUAUCGGUCAACGAUAUGAUUUUCUUGUCACUAUGAAUCAAAGAUCACCUUCGGGUGUUUAUUGGAUUCGUGCAGCUACUACUGUGAACGAUACCAACCAGUUUCAUGCUAUUCUGCAUUACAAUAAUACAAGAAACAGAACUGCUGAACCAGCACCAUCGCCUCUACCACGAAAUCAAACUGUCUUGCUCAACUCUAUGCCACUCGUGCCAUCUAAUGCCAACACUCACUUCUCGCUCCAACCACCAAUUUUUAAUGAAACAUUGGUUGUUCAUAUCAUAUGUGUACCGAGCGUACAUCGUUGUACAGUCAAUUCGCUUAGUUAUAAAACGCCUCAUGAACCAACAUUAUAUACUUUGUAUAAACACGGUAUUCAACAACCGACUUUACCCAGUAUAUUCAAUUUGAAACAGAAUGCUCAUGUCAUGAUUGUUGUGACUAAUUUUCAAAAUUUUGGUCACCCAUUUCAUCUUCAUGGUCAUUCUUUUUAUGUACUUGGUGUGGGCAAACAAAAUGCAUCCAGUACUGGUGAACCCAACAUAUUCGAUCCUGUACACGAUCGACACAUGCUCAAUUUUAUCAAUCCACCCUAUCGUGAUACAGAACAAGUGCCUGAACUGUCUUACAUAGUCAUUGGAUUCAUUGCCAACAAUCCAGGCUCCUGGCUUUUUCAUUGUCAUUUGGCUUGGCACGCGGAAGCAGGUAUGGUGGCAAUAUUCAAUGUAGCCGGUGAUUCAAUUCCGCCACCACCAGCCAAAUUUAUUCCAACAUGUGAUCCGAUGGUAAGUAAGAAUUAA